AUGUCACAUUCAGCCUCUUUACGUCAGGUCGAUGCUUUAUGUGAACGUCCACUGCGAGACCGUCGAAAUGAUGCGUGGCCAUAUAUUUCCAUUCAUAUCCUGUCUAUCCUUUGUACUGUUAUUCGCAUAUAUACCAAAGCGUUUCUUGUCAAGCAGUUUUCACCUGAAGAUUGGUUGUCCUUGACUUCAUUCAUUAUUUAUAUUGUGUAUUUCGGUAUUGGACAUCAUGCAUUGAUGUCUGCUUUUGGCCAGGAUAUCUGGCAGGUCAACGCAGGAGAUCUAUCACAUGCUCUCAAGUUAUUCUGGAUCGACUGCCCGUUCUACAGCCUCUUAAUGGGUAUGACAAAAGUCACCAUAAUACUAUUUUAUAUCCGCCUCUGCCACGUAUACACACGAUUCUGUCAAGUCUGUUGGGCCAUCAUCGUUAUGGUAUCCCUCAACACCGUUGUCUUCAUGUUCCUCAACAUCUUCCAAUGCACACCAAUACACUGGAAUUGGAACCGAUUCAGCGGAAACGAUAUCGACUUUAAAUGCAUGGAUUUAAACAAACUACAAUGGUCAAUUAAUAUUACGAAUAUUAUUUUUGACAUAGUGGUUCUGGCCCUUCCGAUACCACUGGUUUGGAGGAUGAGGUCAACAUUCCGCCGAAAACUCGCCAUCAUCUUCAUGUUCAGCCUCGGCAUCGUAGUCCUCGUCGCCAGUUGUCUCAAAAUGCGAUACAACAUCCUCUAUGGCCACUCCACCAACAUAACAUGGGAUUACAUGGACCUCAUGGUCUGGGCAGGCAUCGAAAGCUCCGUGAGCAUCGCAGCGCCCUGUCUUCCGACCGUGAGAUUAUUCCUACACAAAGCUUUCCCACAAUCUUUCGGACGGAUGUUUGCUUUUGGGUCACAUGCAGACCGAACUCUCGACGACGAAAUUAAAGCGGAGGAAGAAGAAGUGGCGCGCUGGGCAGCAGAUCUUGAGAAACCCUCCGACGCAGCUAUGGUAGUUGUGAGGCCGAGAAGGGCGGCAAUAAGCUUGGGUCACGAUUUUGGGCCUGCGCGUGGAGGAAGAGGAGGAAGAGGAGGAAGAAGAAAGCCCAUGACGGAAGCUUCUAGGAUUCUCAAGAGUGUCGACGAGUUUGACGAGGCUCCACUUGUCACUUAG